AUGUCUACAGCAGAACUUCGAUAUGCAAAUCAAUUUGAAAUAAUUCGUAGUGAAGAAAAAGAUCGUUAUAUGAUAAGUCAAUUAUCACAACAAUUAAAUGAACUUUAUACAAAAUUAUUUGGUUUAAAUAAUUUUCAUAUUUAUCAACCAUAUAUACAACGUUUAAGUGGAUUUUUAUAUUAUUUAACAACAACAUUAUCAAAUCGACAAACAAUUGGUGAAGAAUAUAUUUGUUUAAUACAAUAUGAUCCUAUUAAAAAACAAAUACCAUCAAUAAUUCGUCGUUUAUUAAUGAUUUUUUUUCGAAUAUUUGGUGAUUUAAUAUCAAAAUAUAUUCUUACAUCAUUUAUUAUUCGUCCAAUAGCUGAAGAUUUUUUUCAUCCAAAAUUAUCAUUAGAAACAAUUGAACUUAUUUCUCGUUUUUUAAUAACAUUUAUUGAACGAAUACAUAAAAUAUUUUUUUAUUUAACUGGUUAUUAUUAUAAUAUAAGUAAAAUUUUAACACGUAUUCGAUAUCUUAUUUAUACACGUUCAACAUCUGAUAGUAUAUUAAUACAAACAAAAUUUAAUCAUACAAUAAAAUUUCUUAGUUUAUGUCUUUGUAUUCAACAUAUUAUUGAAUCUUAUACAUUAUUAAAACAAAUUGCUUUAUCCAUAAAUCAACAUCGUCAUCAAUUAAAUUUAAUAGCUGAAGAAGAAAAACAAAAACAAACAAAAAUUAUAUCAGAAGAUAUAACAUCUUCAACAGAUUAUGUUCGAUGUCCAUUAUGUUAUGAAUUAGCUAUAUCAAAUGUUGCACUUGUACCUGAAUGUGGUCAUGUUUUUUGUUGGCAAUGUAUUCAUACAUGGGUUGUUGAUAAUCAAACAUGUCCAUUAUGUAAAACAAAUACUAUGCAAUCUCGUAUUGUUCAUUUGAUUAAUUAUUGA